AUGAACACCAUAAUUUCCCCCCAGUGGCCACACCACCAUUCCUCUAACUCACAUCCGCCACCGAGUAUGAAGCGUUUCUCGUUGAACCCUUUUUCUCGCCGCUCGGCAUCUUCAGCCCAGGGUAACGCCAAUAAUGGCGCCCUCAGUCACGACAGCUCGAACGCGCUGAGCCGCGCCCUCAGCAAGAGCAGCACCCGCAAGAGCCAACAGCCCGAAGAGCAGCGCAGUGCCCGGAGCCCGAUGCUGAACCCCUCGCCGGCAACACGCCGCCCGAGAGCACAGUCUCCCCCGCCAGCAUACUCGCCAACCGCAGACUCGCCCUCUGGGUCAAGUUCAGGUGCCUCCCCCGUCUAUGAACGUUCCCAGUCGGGGGCUCACCCUGCGAUAUCAGUCCAACAAGCCUCGACAGAAGAGGACCCCUACGCCUUCCUGUCGAGUUUCGACACCGUGUUCCUAGUCGAUGACUCGGGAAGCAUGGCCGGAAGAUCGUGGCGCGAGACACAGCAGGCCCUCAGCGCUCUGUUGCCUAUCAUCUUCUCACACGACGCAGACGGCCCUGACAUCUACUUCAUGAACCACAAGUCCAAGGAUUCCGGAGACUCUGCCGAGCCGUGGAAGGCCGGCACGGGUUACCGCAACGUGACCAGAAGCCAGGGAACCAGCCCGGCAGGGGAGCAGCUCACCGUCGAGGAGAUGUUCAGAACUGUUCACCCGCGGAUGGGCACGCCGACCGGCACGCGCCUCAACUUCAUUAUCCGCCGCUACAUACGUCACUACGAGCAGAAGUUCCGCGAGACGGGCGACGACACCUGCCUCAAGCCCCUCAACAUCAUCGUCAUCACCGACGGCGUGCCGAGCGACGACGUCGAGAGCGUCGUGAUCCAGGCCGCCAAGAAGCUGGACGCCCUCGACGCGCCCCCUUACCAGAUCGGCAUCCAGUUCUUCCAGGUCGGCAACGAAAGCGGCGCGGCCGACGCGCUGCGCCGCCUGGACGACGACCUGAGCGACCAGGUCGCAGGAGGCGUUCGGGACAUUGUGGACACUGUCUCCUUCGACGUCGGUGCCGAUGGUAACACCCCGGCCCUCACGGGCGACGGUAUCAUGAAGGCGGUGCUCGGCUCGGUGGUCAAACGCCUGGACCGCAAGACCUCGGCACUGAGGGAAACGUCGGCCAGGGGACAGGGACGGGCAUAA